AUGAUCCGAGCGAAGCCGAGACGACUAAUUAAUAAAUUGCAGUCGAUGCUGACGUACAAUGGCUGCGGCGGAGGAACGGUAGACACGGAGAACGGUUCUCCAGCGGAGUCACUAUUGUCCGGCGAAGGAGAACUCGCGGAGGAAGUCGGCGAUUCACCUGGCACGUCGAGGGACACGGAGGAGGAAGCGACGCUCUCGGAUGAAUUUUAUUCCCAUGACACGGACGAGGAAGAGGAGCAAGGCAAGAAACGACGGGAACGCAAUAAUUCCCUAGACGGGAUUUCGUCUUCCGGAGGUGGUCAUCUCGGUCUGCCAACACCUCGGGUAGGGACUCUGGGAGUUCGGAAGUUGUUCACGAACAGCCGUGAACGUUGGAGACAACAAAAUGUCAGUGGAGCCUUCGCCGAGCUUCGAAAAUUGGUGCCUACUCAUCCACCGGAUAAGAAGCUGUCGAAGAAUGAGAUCUUGCGCAUGGCGAUUCGGUACAUACGGCUACUGAACAACGUUUUGGAAUGGCAAAAGGCGCAAGAGCGGAACGAAGCGGCGCAACACGAGGUCCAGAUCAAAUGCGAGCCCAAUUACAACACUCAAAAUUCAACGGGCUAUCAGCCAAAAUCCACAACACCAUACUUGAAACAGGAGAAGCCAAUAAGCGAAAACCACGCGUACAGGACGAGCUUCAACAGUCAAGCACAGUUGCAGCAUCCGAUCUCUCACGUCGUGUGCGAUAAAAACGGAAACAAUUUGUUGAUGAUCGCACCUCCGGGUCAUAGUGUAUCAAAUCCCGUUUGCAAAAGAAGUAUUACACCGUCGACCGCAGUUGCACAAAAUGCUCUUCCGUCGAGCGCGUUGAGCAACGGAAGUCUGACGCGUUCUCCAGCCGGCCAACGAUCUUCGACCUUUCCAAAGUCGCCUCAGAUAAACGUGCAGGUCGUAACCAGCUCGAGUAUCAUGACAAAUUGUUCGUCGAGUGUGUCCGUAACGAGCAGCUCGUCGUCCACCAUCAGCGGAAGUGUGGCAAAUUGCGCCCAGAAGAGGCUAAAGAUCGAGAAAGAAGAAGAGGAGCAACAGUUAUCCGGGCAGAGCAGAGAUUGCAAAGCACUGUCAUCUUCUGUGCACGGCGUACCUGCAAGAAAGAGGGUAAAGGUGACGUUUGUCAAAGACUCGAGUUCAGCGUUUCGCAAUGAUUUUCGGAACGUCGAACGCAAGUAGGAGACGUGAUCGCGUAGACUUUUGCGUAUGAUCAUUUGAGAUCGAUCGAAACUCUUCCUACGAGAGCAGCAUGGAUCGAUUUGUUUGAAAGUACUUCGUAAUUUUAAGAGACAAUUUCGAUUUUCAGGCUGCGAUUGAGUUUACAUGAUUGUAACGAAAUUAGACGCGUGUUAUUUAUUCGU